UCAACCCAGCACAGUCAGACAGCAAAAGGUGUUAGCAGGAAAACUCUCUGCAUCCUGAACAACCGAAGAGUAUCAGGAGCAGAAAACAUGAAAACCAUUCUAGUUUUUCUAUUCAUCGCCCCACUUGCUCUUUCAGCUAGAGCUGAGAAGGAUUAUUCCUCCUUUGACUCUGCGGCAUCUCCCGAGACAAAGUCAAGAUUUGCCAUGUUAGAUGACGUACGAAUCUUAGCCAAUGGACUCCUCCAGCUCGGGCACGGUCUUAAAGACUUUGUCCAUAAGACGAAGGGGCAGAUGAAUGACAUCUUUCAAAAACUUUACAUUUUUGAUAGGUCCUUUUAUGAGCUCUCCCUGCAAACCAGUGAAAUCAAAGAAGAAGAAGAACAGCUCAGACAAACUACGGCCAGGCUGCAAAUCAACAACGAAGAGAUAAAGAAUCUCUCACAGGAGAUGAAUUCCAAGAUUGAAGACCUCAUCCAGAACAAAAUCCAGCUGCAAGAGAAAGUAUGGGGACUGGAAGACAAAGUCACAAAACUGGCCAUUAACCAGCCUUCGGCGCAAGAGACAAAAGAAAUUUCUUCCCUCAAAGCUUUUGUGGAAGAGCAGGACAACCACAUCAAGCAACUUCUCAAAAUCGUAGAGGACCAGCAUGUGCAACUGGACAGACAGCACAAUCAGAUAAUGGAGCUGGAGGACAAGCUAAACCACAUAGAGCUCCAGGAACUCGCAGAGAACUCCUUCAUGGAGGAGCUGAUAGAACCAGAGGCUAUCGCCUUUCCUGUGCACAACACCACAGCUGCAACAAACAAAUCUGAUGGGGCUGCUCCCGACUGCACCGCUCUCUAUAACAGCGGCAUCCGCUCCUGUGGGGUUUACACCAUUAAGCCCAACGGCUCAGAAUCUUUCGAUGUCUACUGUGAAAUGAAACUGGGCACCUCCUGGACUGUCAUCCAGAACAGAGUGGAUGGAUCUCUAGAUUUCAACCAAACCUGGGAUGCCUAUACAAACGGUUUUGGGGACCUCAAUGGGGAAUUCUGGCUGGGGCUGAACAAGACCUAUUCCAUCACUAAACAAGGGGACUACAUCUUACGGAUCGAGCUGCAGGACUGGAAGGAGAACAAACGAUACGUCGAGUACGCCUUCAGCUUGGGGGGCCCCGAGACAAACUACACCCUCCAGCUGUCACGGGUCUCCGGGAGCAUCCCCAACGCCCUGCCAGAACAGACACAACUGCGCUUCUCUACUGCGGACCGGGAUGUGGACAUCAUAAAUGACUUCAACUGUCCAGAAAACUUCCUAGGAGGCUGGUGGCACAGUGAAUGUGAGGAAACCAAUCUUAACGGGAAAUACGUGGCGCCAAGGUCAAGAGGAAGACUAGACAGAAGAAAAGGCUUAUACUGGAAGCCUAAGAAAGGAAGAUACUACUUGCUCAAGUCAACUAAAAUAAUGAUACACCCAACAGAUUUAAAAAGUUUUGACUGAAUGCUCAACCCGAUGCAUUUUAAUUCAGAACAUAUAAACUGAACAUUACUACAGAGAACUUUGGUUUAUGUUUAAUAACAGGUGUGUAUCUAAAUCCAUACUCUGUAUGGUGUAUUCUCCAAUCCAUAAACCUGAGGCAUAUGCGAUGGUCUUACAGUAUGUUUGGUGAGUAUCCUCAUUCCCUCUAGCCCCAACGUCAAUGUGCUGUAACUUUCAUGGUGCUUUUACCUACUCAGGAUGAAAUUCUAAUGCCUAGGAAUCGACUGCCAAUUCAUGUAUUGAAUAAUAUUGCUUGGGGGAGUGGGUUUUCAGGCUGUUGUGUUAAUUUCUGGGUUGUGUAGAAGGGACACAAAAGAAGGUUUGGCAAAAUGCUAUGGAAGAUGUUAAGGUAUUAAUCUACAGGGAAAAAAAGAAAUUUUGUUUUGUGAAGUAACUAAUUUGAUAUUUGGUUCAUGUUACUGUUGUGGAAUGAGCAAAUGAAAGGUGGGUGACUCCCUGUUUUAGGGUUCUGUGUAUUUCCAGACAAAUUUUCAGGUGUGCUUUCAGCUCAGGCCAAUCUCUGCUGAAGUGCUGUACUCACACAGCUAGAGGUGUAUACACACACACCUGUAGAGCACAGGCUUGAUCUUUUAGAUACCACACUUUGAAGAGUAACUUAAGAGCUACGUUGUCUUACUGAAAGUUAAGAGCAAAGCUUCAAAGCUUAGUGAAAUCAGUAAGAGAUCUUUUCUUCUUGUUUGAAAUGGAAUCAGAGCCAUCUCUUUGAGACCUUGUCGUACACCCAACUAAGAAAUUAACUGAAAGACCAAGUGAGCCCACAACAAAACACCUUUCAAAUAGAGAACAGUUGCCCAUUGGGCAACUCCCGUGGAGUCAAUGGUAUGAACCACCAAACCCUGUAGGCACAACCUACAUGACAGUGUUGGUCCUGCUCCUGAGAACACAUUGAUUAACAUAGAAGGACUAUGGACAGGCUUGUGGAUGGCCAGCCAUGGAAGAGCUGACUGACACAGUUCUGCAGUUACACUGAGUCAUAUUGACUUGCAUUAUCUUACCUAACCCUUGUACAGUACGGAUUUUGUAUCUCAACAUUUGCAACCACACAGAAAAUGGUUUUAAAUUGUAACGCGUCAGAGUGAAACGACUGUGAGCAGAAUGUGCUAAUUACAGAAAAAACUGCAAAAAUACUUGUACUUCUCACGUUUUUACUAAAAAGAAGAGAUCACACAGUGCUGCUUAUUUGUACUGGUGUAUUGUAAUGUUUAGUUACCUGUCCAACCUCUAAAAACAAACAAACAAAUAAAUAAAUAAAACUUUUGAAAAGACA